CAGGUUUCCCAUAAGCGUCCCUCCAGACCCCGCCAGGUUACCGAUGGAGCUCCAUCUCUUCACGUAAACAUCAGUGAAACUCAAGAGUAAGGUGGGCCAUGGGUCCGGCUUGGAAACAUCGACGAGGAUCGUAACUGAAGUGUUCGGUGGAGCCAGGGCACGAUGAGCGCAGGGUCACAAAGACUGACACGUGAUCUACCUGGUGCUUGAAAGAAGUACUGAAGAAAAAGCAGGUAUUCGAUCAGCCACCCGUCAACACGUGCCAUCACAGCGAGGGCUCCCAGGGAGGUCACCUUCUUGCACACGGUUGUAACGCCCAAUAAGAGACGAUGACGACCGUUAGGACAAAUAAAUCGAAGCUGGAGCUUCACAAACUCCUUGAACGAGCAGUCCUUCUCUCCUACUACGACAAAUUCAUCGAGAUAGGCGGGGACAAUGUGCAGCAGCUUCGUGACUCCAGUGAUCAAGAUUUCGAAGAGUUUAUCAACAUGGUAGAUAUGGCCAGAAAGCCACCUCACGUCAAGAGGUUCAAGAAAGCACUGGCAGAGUGGAAACCAGACACAGUUUCAGCAACGUCCACUCCAGCGGAUGGGGCAGAAGGGGCGCUUCACAACCUACUUCGAGGAGCAGAUCUUCUCUCCUACCACGACAAGUUCAUGGAGAUAGGUGGGGACAAUGUUAAGCAGCUUUUUGACUUGACAGCGGAGGAUUUCCAGGAAGUGAUUGACCUUGUUGAUAUGGCCACGAAGCCAUUUCACGUCAAGAGACUGAAGAGAGCACUGCGCCAGUGGACAGGACAGUCAGUCACGGUGACGUCCAGUGCAGCCAACGAAUCAGAAGAGGAACUUCACGUAUUACUUCGACUAGCGGAUCUUCUCUCCUACCACGACAAGUUCAUCGAACAAGGCAAAGACAAUGUGCAGCGGCUUUGUGACUCAAGCGACGAAGAGUUCCAGGCACUCGUCGAGCACGUAGGCAUGGCCAGAAAGCCCCUUCACGUGAAACGAUUGAAGAACGCACUCAAACAGUGCUCAGGCCAUGCAGCCGUAAUGACGUCCAUUCCUUCAAACGAGUCGGAGCGUGAAGUUCACGAACUGCUUCAGCGAGCGGAUCUCCUCGCCUACUACGACAAGUUCAUCGAGAAAGGCGUAGACAAUGUCCAGCAGCUUUUUGACUCGACGGCAGAAGAGUUCCAGGAGUUCAUGGAUCUUGUUGGCAUGUCCGGAUUUCCUUUUCAACUGAUGAGGUUCCAGAACGAACUGGAACAGUGGACAGGACACCCAGUCACAAUGACGCCCGUUCCAGCAAAGAAACCGAGACUAUCGGAGAUUCACCACCUCCUUGAACCAGCGGGUCUCCUCUCUUACUGCGAGAAAUUUGAGGACAUAGGCAUGGACAAUGUGCAGCAGCUUCACGACUUCACUGACGAAGAGUUCUACGAGGUCACCAACCUGGUAGGCAUGGUCAGGAAGCCGUUUCAUGUAAAGAAACUCAAGAAGGUACUCGAAGAAUGGACGGGGCCCACAGGAAUUUCUCGCUCCAAGGACAUGGCUUCGACAUCUCAAUUUGAUCUCAACAUGGAAAGGUCGUCACAGUGGAAAGACCUCAGGAAGGAAAUGCACGAAGCCAUUGCGGCGGAAGACGAGGCUCGUGUUCUAAAGUGCCUGGAUGCUGCACCUGCUUUGAAACUUUGGCUGGAUCCUGUGAAAGAAAAAUCAGCUCGUUACAGAGCUGUUAAAAAGAAAGCCAUCCGUAUACAUGGCCUCUUAGUCUCGCGUGGAUGUGGACUCAAGAACGACAAAGAAGCAUCCUAUUAUCGAUAUCUGACAGGCGUUCAUCGAGCUGAAAUUCGACGGCAACGAUACUACACCACAGAAUGCAAAGACUCCUACAUCUAUUACUUGAAAAGCAAAUCAAGGAGCCACGUCGGAUGUGAUGACUUCCAAGAGCGAUUGGAGAAGAUGUUCAGGGAACUUUCAACUGACCAAUUAAACGAGAAAAUAUUGAAAGUUGUUGCCACAGCACCGCAUCUGGAUAUACGAUUCGACUACAACAGUGACAACGUUCAGGGGAUCACGGGGUGCAGCGGCAGCCGCGUCCUGGGACUUGCUGAUUACGAAAAGCAAAGAAUUUCUAUCGGAGGCGGAGCAACGGAAGCCAAAGUCCGGGGCACGUUCAUUCACGAAUCUUGUCAUUUGGCACUUCAUCUGGUGUAUAAAAAUGAUGGCAAGCCAUAUUUCCGCAAAGAUACAGAAAUGGAACGGCGAUACAGAGCCAUUCUGGAUGACAUAAAACGAAGAGAAAAUGAUGUGGAUGACUUGAUACGACUAGCUUUGAUGAAAAAUGAAGAACAAGAAGCGAUUGUUCGCAUCCCACACAUACUAACUGAAUAUGGCAGCGAUCGUGGAAAUAGGGUUCUCGAAAAGGAGGUACCGGAACUACGAAAGUUUUUCGAGGAUACCGUCAUCCCGGACAUGCAGAAAUACAUUCAAAAUGGAAUCCCAUCGAUAGAUGCGACAAUGAUAGAAAAGGUAAACGAUAGACUCAACAAAGCUUUCUACAUUGGCAAACUGAAGGUUAAUUUCGAGAACCAACCGAAAAACAGUGUCUGGGAAAACGGGUUGCUUCACGUAGUUACGGGCCCAGAAUUGAGGCUUCUCGAAAUAAUGGUUCACAACGCUGUGCAAUCUGCGGGACUUCCGUACAUGUUUUUCGAUGCAAAACAGCUGGACUCAGCACUGGAGGAUGUGUUACUAGACUACAAAUAUGCGUUUGUUCUUGUAACGGUCCAUCCAAAGGAAGACGUCCGAAAGAUGAUUAAACAUUUCAGUGAAGCAUCCUGUGUCACUGGAUCAAAAGUCAUCUUGCUCGUGGAAGACAGUGGUAAAGACAACGUGAUGAAACAAGUGCAAGAAGAUGCAUUCUUUGGCGAGAGGCACAAAGUUCAUAGGAUCGACGAAGCAAGCUUUGCGCACGUCACAUAUAUCUGCAAAAAAGGAGUUUUCGAAAAUUCCCGCCUAAAACUUCAAGGCGAAGACCUUUCUAAGCUUUCGGACGCAACGACUAUAGAUGCCUUCUUACGUUGCGUAGACACUGCGGUUUUCCUAAAGUUAUGCGAGUCGGGGAACAUUGACCUGGGACCUCCUCUUCAAGAACUAGAAGAACGUGUUCAGAACUAUUAUGUGGAACGAGAGUGUAGAAGAGCCGUGGAAAUUAACUUGAAGGAAUGCAAUCUAGAUGACGACAGUGAGGCAUUCGCUCUUCUGGGCUGUACACACAAUCAGGUCGCAACACUUCUACCUCCCGGUUGUAAGCCAAAAGCCAAGGAGGAAUUAGAGAACUUCGAGAAAGUCGUACUCAUACGACAGUCAGAUAACUACGAAGCUCUACUGGAAAAUGUUCAUUUCGAAAACAAAAUAGUGCACCUGCUAAAGUUCGACGAAUCUCGUACUAGACUCUUGUGGACCACAUCAAAUGGUCGUCUUAGUCACCUUCCAAUGACGGGAAGUGAGAGUUACAACGAGGACGCCUUGUUAAACGUAAACGAGAAGGUUGUCAUAGUCUCUGGUGCACCAGGUAUGGGAAAGAGUACUCUAGCAAAGCGCUUGUGCACAGAAGUAAAAAAUCGAGAUACGAAGCGGUGGGUUAUGUACGUCGACCUUCCUCAGAGAAUGGCAUCUGUUAAGACAGCGUCGCCGAGUCAAGCGGAUAUGUGCAGGUAUCUAGCGGAUCUAUGCCAAGUACAAAAAGAUGGUCUGGAGUUCGCUUUGUUCGAGGAAAGUUUGAACGUCGGAAGCCCUUUCAAGAUUGCCGUCAUCUUCGAUGCCUUCGAUGAAGUGAACGAGGAAUGCCGCAAGUGCGUCUCGGAGCUUACAUCGUUUCUAUCUGAAAAGAAAGCUUGCAAGAUAUAUAUGUUUACUCGCACUGUAUUUAAGUCCCAUGCACAAGAUGCUUUCCACACGGUGUCAUAUGAACUCCUUCCUUUUUCAGACGAAAAUCAGGAGGAGUUCAUUAGAAAAUAUGAGGGAACAGCUCAUUCAACCAAUGAAAAUACUGGAGUCUCCAAGCUGUUCCAGCGACUGCACACGAACUUGAAGGAGACAAACAAGACAAUCCUAGAAACCCCUCUCCUGCUUCGUAUGAUCUUUGAAAUGAAGAAUGGGGAAAUUGCAGAGUCUGACGAUUACUCUUCGUUACUUAAACGUGCAAACAUAUCAGCCGAUAAGAAUAAGAACUUAUAUAUUGUACACGUGUACAAGUUGUUUGUGUGGUACAAGCACCUUGUAUUCAGAAUUGAAAAAAGAAAAGAAAAUCUCCGCCUACACGCCGUACAAGAGGAGAAUGACUCCGCAGCGCUUCAGUUUUACGAAAACCAUAAACUCCUCGCUAUGAAGUGUAUAUUCCCUCAGGAAACCUUGAAAUACUUAUUGAACAAAGACGAAUUAGAGAAUAUAGAGCCCGAAGGACGUUUAAUGAAGGACGCAGCUAAUAAUUGUCUCAAAGAAGGAUUUCUGAAUGGUCUGAACAACGGAAUUCCAGAGUUCGUUCAUAAGACAUUCGCUGAAUUCUUUGCAGCCGAUUACUUACUGAAGAAAGCGAAAGUAACAGAAAAUUUAGACCUGAGGGAUGUCAUUGUCAAUCUGUACCGUGAAGAAGAAUACAGCGGUGUAAUGAUGUUGUUCGACGCACUGGCAUCGGAGUCCUUUCCCCUUCACUCUGCUGUGAUGAACAAUGACGCUUCAUAUUUUAAGCAACGUGUUAUCCAAGGAGAGGAUAUGUUGAAAGUCGAUGAGCUCGAAAGGACGCCAUUGCACGUAGCAGCCCUGCAUUCUGAUCAAGCAACAUUGAAGAAGCUUCCGAUGGAUGAUGAGCUAAUCACGAAGGAUUUGUUUCAACUGUCACCGUUUGGGUACGCAGAACUGCGGUCUCCAUGGGACGCAAAAUACGCUGGAGAGUGGAUGGAAUCCUUGCGGACUGAGACUUCGGCUGCGGGAGACAGACUUAACGUGUUAUGCGCUCGAUGCAGUGAGGAAGCAGUGAAACGUUCUACCAAAAAUCUACGCACGUGUGAAACCUUCGAGGAAAAGAGACAUUUUCUUGAACGAGCAAUAUUCACGGCUGUGAGACACGACCUACGAGCCGUUUUAGACGUGUAUCUGAGCUAUGUGUCCCAGAAAGAGAGUACCGUAAUCCUAGACAGAGGCAUCAUGGACCAAUUAGGAUCACGCAACGAACGAAGCUUGAGAUGUUCUGCAGAGUCUUCGGUAAUUGGAAACCUUGAUAGUUUUACAGACAGUAGCAAUAGAACUGUCCUUUUUUACGCAAAGUCUGAGACUGUUUGUAAAAUGCUCCUUCCUUACUGCGAUACGGGAAUUCUUGAUAAGGAUGGAAACACAAUGUUGCACAUUAGUGCGAAUGAAGGAAAUCUGGAGACAACACAGUUUUACCUCGCACAUUUAUCCGCUAACAAUAGAAAUAGAAAAUUUCAAACUCCUUUGCACUUGACUAGAGAUGCAGAGAUUGUGAAGCUACUUCUUCCUCUUUAUCCCUCAGUGAAUGUUCUCGAUUAUGAGCAACACACUCCGAUGGAUAUAUGUGCAGAGAGAGAUGAUUUGGAGGCCAUGAAGUUGUUACUCCUUCGCACUCGGACAUAUGACACACAUCACAUGAGACCGAAGACAACGCUUCAUGUGGCUUCUGCCUCUCUUUCCCUUAAAGCUGUGACGUUUCUUCUACCUCACACAAAUGUGCAUAUGCUUAACUACAGAGGAGAAACGGGCUUAGACGUUGCUUGGACAAGUUGGGAAUAUCUGUUGAGUUCGGAUUGCAACGUUAUGAGGUGUCUCAUCCCACACUCGCUCGUGAACUCACCUGAAACGUUCGGCUCAUCACCGUUGUACGUCUGGGCGACAGAUGGUGGAAAGAAAGUGAUGCAAACUCUAUGGCCUUAUUUGCGACACGGUGACCCUAGGCAUGCACAGAGGAUCAGCAGAAGAUAUGUGUUUGUGUGGAUGAAAAGCGAUUUCCAAGAAAUUUGGUGUCUGAAACUUCUGUUCCUCCAUUUAGAUGACAUCGCUGAUGAUCGUUAUAGCCAUAAACUGCUACAUGAUGUGGCCAAGGAGAAGCUACGUCAGAUCGAAGAAGUAAAUUACAUUAAUUACAUGAAGCUGUUACUGCCUCAUUUAAAUCUCACUGAGCAGGAUUAUGUAGAACGUGGAGUAAAAAAUGAGGACAUCGUUACCUUAUAUCGGGGAUGGUCGCACAUGAAUAACACCGAUGAUCCCCACAUUCACGAUGUCAACGCGGAAAUGGUCGGCGACGAUGGCAAUGCGAAGUUGCUCAUAGAAGCAGAGCAAGGAAAUGUGGAAGCUGUUAAGAGUCUCCUCUUCAUCCUCUCCCAUUCAUCCGUGUACUUUACAGAUGAAAAAGAGAACACUGCAUUGCACUUGAGCGCGAGGAAGGGACACGCGAAUGUGGUGAAGCUUCUCAUUCCUUUUUAUACAUCAGUGGACGUGAUCAAUGUGGGUCGAGAGACACCAAUGCAUGUGUGCGCCUCAUAUGGACACAUGGACGUUGUGAAGUUAUUAUUACUCCGCUCUAGAAUCAGUUCCCGUGACAAGGAUGGAAGCAUACCUCUUCAAUUGGCCUGUGAAAGUGGUGCCGUUGAUAUCGUGAACUUCCUUCUUCCACACUCAUUCCCUAAUAUGCCUGGCGUGUUGCGUUACACGUGCUGCGCUAUUACCGCUGUAGAAAGGAAAAUGAAUGUUGUGAGAUGUCUCAUCCCUCACUCUCUUAUAAACUGUCCUGAUUGGACAGGUGAUUCACCAAUGCGAAUGUGUGCAAAAUAUUAUAGGAGAGAAGGACUGGUGACAUUAUUGCCAUAUUCUUGUGAUUAUGACGCUGCGAGUUUAUUGACUAUUUUCCCGCUGUCAUUUCUUAAAGACAAUAUGAGUAUGAAAACUAUGCCUUGUGUGAAACUGAUGGUACUCCACUCAAAUGUCAUGGCAGUAGAUAAGCAGUUCUGUGCAACACUCAGCCCCAUUCGAAAGUAUUAUGUAGAGAGUGAUUUAUUCUGGCAUCCAACAGAGUUCGAGACAUCACUACUCCUGAAAUAUAUUCCUCAUACAAAUGUUUCUGCUAAGGAUGAUGAAGGCAAGAAACUAUUACAAGAAGCCCUCCAAAGUAGUCAAGAUCCCAAAUUGGUUAGCUUCCUUCAGAAAUGGACUAGCUUGAGUGACUUUCAUUCAUGAUGCUCACGAUUGUUGGCAACGGUUGUGAUUAAGUACCAAGUGGCACCGAGCUGUCAAUGGACACGAGCUCUGAAGACAAUAUAGCAGUUUUAAUAGAGGUUUCAAUAGCUGUAUACUAAGUCCUUGCCUUCAUCCGAGAAAGCACAAAUAUUCAUCCAGUGUCAAAAAUGAAAGAAAAAAGAUCACUUUUCUGAUUUUUUGUGAUUGUGAUUAUGACUAACGCGUUUUGUUUCUUCUUGUUCCUUAUGUUACAAAGUACCGUUCCGUAGUAGAUUCAUAAGGUGAUUUGAAAAUGUGUAAAAAAUGUGUCUAUUCCUAAUGUGCUAGUUAUAUGGUUAGCUAUGAUAUGCCACAGUAUUAGAAUACGGCUGCGUGCGAUUAUGUUUAUAUAGUGCAUCUGACGUAGACUAGAGAUAACUAUAAUACAGCUGUUAUACUUUUUAGAGUGGUAAUGGCUUGUCACCAAUGUUACUCGAAAGAUGUGUGAAGUUUAAUCCAUCUAGCAGGGUGAUACGCUUCAACACUGGAGAUAUAUGGGUCCGAAGUUUACCGCCCUUGGUGUCAAAUGUAAAUGAACAAAAGUGUUUUUCGCACAUUGGAGAAUGCUUAAUUCAAAUUAGUUUGGAACUCUCGCUCACUUCGCUGCAGAGUUGUGUAAAGUAAAUAUUGUCGAGCGAAACACAUGUGUGAUACAGUCGUACUUUUAUUACGACCGAAUAAAUGUAUGGGUUCCAAAUUGGA